GUAAGUGUUCGAGUUAACGCGGCACUAACGUGAGCACCGUUGGUAAAUUUGAUAUGCGAGAAGACCUUGCAAAUCUUCCAAAAUAGAGGUAGCUUGAAGCGCAGGUCGACGGUAAGAGAAGAGAUGGGGGAUAGCGGAUUCGAAAAAGGCAAGGUUGCGGUUUUCGCGCGCACAGAGAACAGGACAAUGACCCAAGUUGCAAUUUAGCUUCAACGUUGAGAGCCCGUCUCGUGGCGUGGGUGUGAACCCCAAGCUGAAGCAAGCACAGCAGGGAUUCGACAGGGGAGAAAUAUCAACACACGUGAAGAAAGAUGAUGGUGAUUGCGAACUGAUGGAGAGUACAGGUUGUCGGGGCUGGAAAACAAAGCCUGAGUCGAAUAAAGCUCGAGUCUUCAGGCACAAAGAAGUGAUCAGGGUGGAAGCAAUAGGAAGAGAGGGUGGAGGAGACAGGAAGAGAGGAUGGAGUGUAGGAUGGGCACAGAGAGAGAAGGAGCGAAGGGAAAAGCGCGACGGGAUUCCGACUCUGCAAACACUGCGAGGCAGGAAGUCAAGCACAGGUGAGUACAGACAAGAAAAGAGGAGGGCGAUGUCUCGAAGCGCAAAAGAGCAAUUGUUUGUGUGUAGAUAAGAGCUUUUGCGAAGUGCGAAACAGGUGGAGAGGAGAGGGAGGAUGUUGUACAGAGGAUGAGAAGGGAAGAGGAUAAGAGGAAGGAAAGAAAACAAAACUCACUGGGUGGGUGGGCUGUGUUAUGAUUCUGUUGUUAUGGUGUUAUGGCGCGUGUGGGCCGUGGACCCGCGGGGCAGCUGGCAA